AUGUUUCAUCCCAGGGGAUAUGGGACUGGGGUUGGCAUGCUGUGGCAAUUGGUCAAUGUGCAUAGGGACAGAACCGAGACUUGUUCCAUCAGCGAAUCCCUUGCACAGCCACUCGACUAUAUUGUCGUCGGCGGAGGCACGGCCGGUCUUGUCGUCGCCUCCCGGUUGACCGCCAACCCUAAUGUGACGGUGGGCGUCCUCGAGGACCCCAAUGUUCUGAAACUGACGGGGAUGGGCGCAAUGCUGCAUAACCCUGCGUAUGACUGGAUGAUACCAAAGUGUGCCGCAGCUACUCUGCCAACGGAUACCUGCUGCCUGCCCUGGGACGUCCCAAUCUCAAAAGUCCUGACGAACGCGCUCGCACGCAAGAUCCUCUUGGAUGACGAGCAGCGAGCUAUCGGGGUGGAAUUGCAGUCUGGGGAGACCAUUCACCAGGCCUUCUCCGCCGACCGCGUCUUCCAGUUCGGCGCCAUGCGAGACCAGGUGAAGACGAGGGUGGAGCCGACGUCGGAGAUUGAGCUGCUAGAUCGCGACCAGGCCCGGGGAAAUAUAUGA